CUCACGAGCGCCAAGAUGCAGCCAUGGCUCUGGCUGGUCUUCAGUGUGAAGCUGGCAGCUCUCUGGAGCAGCUCUGCCCUCCUUCAGACCCCUAAGUCCCUGACAGUUCUAACCAACCAAUCGGCAAAAGUGUACUGUGAAGCUAAAAGUCUCCCUAAGACCACACUCAUCCACUGGCUGAGACAGCGCCAGGGAACCGCCAAGGAGAGGCGCUUUGAGUUCCUGGCUUCCUGGAACCCUUCCAAAGGAACCUAUAUGUAUGGUGAAGGGGUGAAGAAGGAAAACAUAAUCAUGUUUUCGGAUAUAACCCGGUACAUACUUGAUCUCAAGAGUGUGAAGCUGGAGGACAGUGGCACCUACUUCUGCAUGAUGAUCGGGAGCCCCAGCCUGAUCUUUGGGACAGGGACGGAGCUGAACGUGGUUGAUGCCUUUCCUACCACUGCCCCGACCACCAAGAAGACCAUCCUCAAGAAGAAGAAACAGUGCCCAUCCCCCAACCCAAAGGCCCAGAAGGGCCUGACGUGUGGGCUCGUUACCCUCAGCCUGCUGGUGGCCUCCAUCCUGGUUCUGCUGGUAUCCCUGAGUGUGGCCAUCCAUUUUCACUGCCUGCGCAGGAAAGCCCGAAUUCGCUUCAUGAAACAGUUUCACAAAUGAUCAGUGCCCACAACAUUGAUAUCCUGCCACCAAAGGAUCGUGACAGCGCUCAGUCAAAAGCACGAUCUGGACAAAUGAGGGAAGGGUUCAUUCAACGGUGGAGACUCCACUGCCUUGCCGAAGCCUCCUGCUUUGAACUACUGCAAGCUCUGUCUAUGGACCUCAUGCAUCAGAACCGCUUGAUGGUUCACCCGGAGUCUCACAGAGAAGGCCCUGGCAUCCAGAGUCACUCACAGAGUGUGCUGAAGAACCACGAACUCCCACUGUGACACCCCUGUGGUUCUUGUACCCUUCUUGGACUGGACCUUGGAU